UCGGAUGAUAGGAAAAAAACAAUGUGAGAAAGCACUAGUAGCUCCAAUCUUUAAUCCCAGAAAAUGACAGACAGUCAUGUGGGCGAAUCCCUCGAGCUUAUGCUGGUCACAAUGUCCUCCCAAGGCAGAAUGAUAUAAAUUUAGGAACCCACCGAUUCAUCUGUCUAAAAUGGGUGGAUCGUCUAGUAAUUCCUCAUGAAUCUGCCCAGUAGAUUUAAUUGUCAGAUUCCAUUUUGAGGUCUUGGGUAUCGAUAUUUGAAGGCUUUAAAGGGGGGUUCUCCAGAUUUGUCCAAAAUGUCUGUGGUAUCUAUUGUGGGUAAGCUCGAUUUAAUGGAAAACAUGUAUGUGCAAGCGGGUUUCCUGGUGAUACUAACUAUUGUGCUUGCAAAAAUCGUUUCACUGUUAUUGGGGUCUGGAUCAAGAAAAAAUCUCCCGCCAGUGGUAUCUGCAUGGCCCAUCGUUGGAGGCCUCCCGAGGUUUUUGAAAGGUCCAGUUGUUUUGCUCAAGGAAGAGUAUCCCAAACUGGGUAGUGUUUUUACCAUCAAGCUUUUGACCAAAAAUGUGACAUUUUUCAUCGGCCCUGACGUGUCUCAACACUUUUUCAAGGCAUCAGAGUCGGAUUUGAGCCAGCAGGAGGUUUAUCAGUUCAAUGUGCCUACUUUUGGCCCUGGGGUGGUGUUCGAUGUGGACUAUUCUAUCAGGCAGGAGCAGUUCCGGUUCUUCACAGAGGCUCUUAGGGUCAACAAGCUCAGGAGCUAUGUAGAUCAGAUGGUCUAUGAGGCAGAGACUUACUUCUCAAAGUGGGGAGAGGAGGGUAUUGUUGAUCUCAAAUAUGAGCUGGAACAUUUAAUUAUUUUAACUGCUAGUAGAUGUCUCCUGGGGAGAGAGGUUAGGGACCAAUUGUUUGAAGAUGUUUCUAGCCUUUUCCAUGACCUUGACAGUGGAAUGCUCCCAAUAAGUGUUAUAUUCCCAUAUCUGCCCAUUCCUGCUCAUCGUAAACGAGACAGAGCACGGAAGAAACUUGCUGAUAUAUUUACCAAAAUCAUCCGCAGUCGAAAGCAAUCUGGUAACAAGGAAGCAGACAUGCUACAAUCAUUUAUAGAGUCUAAGUACAAAGAUGGUCGUCUCACAACAGAAGGUGAGGUAACAGGUCUUUUAAUUGCAGCUCUUUUUGCUGGUCAACAUACAAGUUCAAUUACAUCAACUUGGACUGGGGCAUACCUCUUAAGCCACCAAAAAUAUUUGUCUUCUGUCUUGCAAGAGCAGAAAGAUGUGAUGAAGCAACAUGGAGAUAAAAUAGACCACGAUAUUCUGGCUGAGAUGGAUGUACUCUAUAGGUCUAUCAAAGAGGCACUGAGGUUACAUCCACCAUUGAUUGUUCUUCUACGUAGUAAUCACAAAGAUUUUAGUGUUACUGAUCGCAAUGGGAAGGAAUAUGUCAUACCUAAGGGGCAUAUUGUUGCAACAUCUCCAGCUUUCUCAAAUAGGUUGCCACAUGUGUUUAAAAAUCCGGAUACAUAUGAUCCAGACCGUUAUACUCCAGGUCGUGAAGAAGAUAAAGUGGCAGGUGCUUUUUCUUACAUAUCAUUUGGUGGUGGAAGGCAUGGUUGUUUGGGUGAACCUUUUGCCUACCUGCAGAUCAAAGCUAUUUGGAGCCAUCUACUUCGAAAUUUUGAACUGGAACUUGUUUCCCCGUUCCCAGAGAUUGAUUGGAAUGCAAUGGUGGUUGGUGUCAAGGAUAAGGUGAUGGUCCGCUACAAAAGGCGAGUGCUGUCUGCUCAGUGAUUUUCAGAUUUGAUUUCCUCUUGUAGAAAUGAGAACUCUUUUAAUAUUGACUUCCUCAGCUUGAUUUGAUCAUCCUAUAGCUUCUUAGUGUAGAGAUUUUAUGUAUAAGGUUUUUGAGAUUCUGGUUCGUUUCCCAUCAUUAUCUAAACUUAAAAGGAAAAUAUUUUGUUAGUAGUUGUAUUAGUAUAUUGUUUAAUUGAGCUUUCCUAAAUAUUCUUCCA